CUACACCGGAAUAUAUUAUAACCGUUUCUUCGUUGAAAUCAUCGAUGUCCCGCAAACGAGAGAGCGCGAGAGAGAGAGAGCGAGAGCGAGAGAGAGAGAGCGAGAGCGAGAGAAAAAAGAGCAAAUUAAAAAAUCGAUCAUCAUCGGGUUAUUUAACCACGAGCAUCAAAUCCCUCGAACCAAAAAUCACACGCAUCGAAUCGUUUGGCCACCUGUGCGUCGUCCACGUUUUGCCAAAACUACGUCAUCGCGAGCGCGCGCUGUAUACGCGCGGUUUCGAAUUUUCCCGCCCUCCCUCCUUCCCUCGCUCUGGCUCGCUCCAACACACUUACAGCGGCACACGUAUACCUACAACCGAACUACGAGCAUACACGCGUUCUAUCUCCGUUCGUUUCUCUCUCGGCAACUUUGUCCGCUCCCUCCUGAUCCACCGACCGACGACUCCCCCACACAAUGUACACACGUACACACACACACACACACACAUAUAUACGCAUACACGCACGCGUGCACACUCACGGAACGACCGUGGCUGUGUAUACACACACGGGACAAAGACAGAUACUACCGCGCCAGCACCUACUAACGGAUAAGUGCUCUUCCAACACUGAUUAAAACACGCUGCCGGCUAGACACGUGCCCGCUUCUAAACUCGUGUGUGCUCCUAUAGUAUUCUGGUAGUCGGAGAGAAAGAGAGAACGAGAGUGGAGCGUUACCGGACGAAUCACGUUUCCUCUUCGAACCGGUGUGCUCCGCGUCUCUCUAUUCCGGUCAUCGUCGUCGUCUUCGUGGAGAACAGUGCUCCGAAAAAAAAAAAGGAAAAAAAAAGGGAGGGAAAGAGAGAGAAAAAGAAAACGGGUAUUAGGUGAACACGGUAUAGGGAUAGGAGUCGGGGAAUCGUGAAGGAACCCCAGCGAACAGUACGGAAAGAGUCGGAGAGAGAGAGAGAGAGAGAGAGAGAGAGAGAGAGAGAGAGAGAACAGACGGGAGGAGGAAAGCGGGGGAUAAAAAAAGAGAAAGAGAGAGAGAAAAAAAGAGGGAGAACCGUGAAGAAUCUCGGUAUCCGUCGGUGUGAUCGUGUCCGCUUCGGCGAUUUGCAAAACCCGAGAAAGGAAAAAGUGUGCGAGAGAAAGAGUGCGAGGAGCGGGAGGGAAGAGCGAGUGAGAAACGUAGGGAAGUGGGAGGGAGAUGGAGACGGAAAGAAAGAGGCGCGAGGCGUGAGCGAAAGAGCGAGGGAUCGGGCGGUAUAGGAGCGAGCGAGCAAGAGAGAGGCUGCUGAUCCGCAAAAUACGGUCUCGUUACACUAUCGUCGGUGUUGGGUCAUCUAAUCGCCUCUGAAAUUAUCGUCUCGCCAGUGCAGAGUGACGAAACACUCUCUCUCCGGGAGCAAUCAGUUUUCGAGGGUACUGGUUCGUGGUGCUUGCUCGACGACUACGAGACUCUCGCCGCGAGUCCUUCGAAUACCGAUCUCGUUCCGAUCUCGUUUCGUUCUUUCGCGUGUCACGCGUAUAUAUACGUGUACACCAUAUACACAUAUAUAUAUAUAUGUAUAUAUAAUACGUUGGGUGGUAUACGAUCGAACCCGAUCGCUGCUACCGGCCCUUCUGGCCUGCCUGGUCAAGGUGAACAUUGGCAACGACCACGGGAGAAGAGAGAAAUUGUGCGCGAUGAUCGCGUUGCUCGUGACCGAGAGAGAAGGUCCCUCGUGAGAAAUCGGAUCGUCCGCGAUCUUGGUGCCCGUGAAUGGUUCGGAACGGAGUCGUAGUCUCGUUUUUUUUUAUUUUUUUGGUGCAUUGCUCCCGAACGACGGGAUGUUCAACGUGUUUGUGGCCGUCGAUCGACGGAUACGUUCCCCCGAUCGGUUCGUUUGCAUCGGGAGCGCGAUACGUGAACGAAAUCAGUGAUCAGUUGUUGUUGUUGUUGUUGUUGUUGUUGUUGUUGUUGUCGUUGCUGCUGCUGCUGCUGUUGUUAUUGUUGUUGAUGUUCGAGUCGAUCGUGUGCAACGUACGAUCGAGCAACGCUCGUGGAAAAUGGACGAUCAUCCUCGUUGUAGUACGUUGAGAAAGAGAGUUCUGUUUCAUCGCGGUUGUUCGAGUGUUCUUGUCGCUGUUCGAUUGGACGACGCCGUCGAGGAGGCGCGCUCCACGUCGUUUGAAUAUCGUGUUGCGCUUACGCUACCUCGGGUCUCGUGUUCGCGUUAAAUGUCGAACGGCGAGCUUCCGUAACGGAGCAACGGUGUUUCGGGUGUACCAACUAUGCGUACCGCGCUCGCCAAUCCCGGGGAUCCGAAAUUUUCGAAAUUUCCUUAGUUUCGCGUCGUUCGAAAUUGUUUCGCGCUCCUAUUAAUAUUCCUCCUCUUGAUUGCAUCGAUCAUUCGACGUUUAACAUUUUUUCUUUUUCUUUUUUUACUUUCCCCCUCCCCCUUUUUUCGAGUCCCGAGGAAAAAGUGCGCGGUGAUGCAUCCGACCGAAAGAAAUCUCGAAGAAAUCGAAGAGAUAAAAUCCUUUCUCUCUCUCCCUCCCUCUCUCCCUCUCUCUCUCUCUCUCUCUCUCUCUCUGAUUCGUUCUCUUUCUACGAAGCGUCGAAUUGUAAUCUAGUUUCGCGAAAAAAAAAAAUACAACGAAGAGGUAAAAAAAAAAAAAAGUAGUGACGAACGAACAAAGAGAGAGGGAGAGAGAGAGAGAAGGGGGAAGAGGGAGAGGGAGAGAAGAGAGUUAUCGAGCGCGGCAAGAGUGAACGUUAUCUCUGCUGUAGGUUUAUCGCGAUAUUCCUCUUUGGCGUCGUCAUCGAAACAGGAUCAUUUUCGCCGGUUGACAUGACGAGGAUAUCGCCAUCGGCUGGUGAUCCCGGAUCGUUAUUGGACAGUAUAAAGUCAAUCGCGGCGAAUAACACGAUUGGUUCUCGUUUAGCUUCGGUAACCCGGCUUCCCGACUUGGACCACCAGAACUACACAUGAUCGGUCUGUGGAACUUUGCUUAUUUCAGAGGUACUUGUCGCACGUUCAACUUUUCAAUCGACGCGGAAUACAAUCCUGUUAAAUCCUUUCCUUUCUCCUCCCCCUUCUGCUCCUCCUCCGUCCCAGCUUUCUUUCUGUUAUAUUCGAUCGACUUUUAAACCAGCUGCGCGCACCAGCGGUAGAAACUUAUCGAACUUCGCGUUCGACUUGCGCUCCCAUUUGCAUCCAAUUAUUACAACGCGCGAUAAAACACGCGGCCGAACGACGAUCCUCUCGCUUCUUCGCCGGAUGAUGUAUAUAUAUCCCCGAUUGUUCGAGGAAUAAUCUGUAAUUGUGUAAAUUCUCGUGUACAUUUCCAUCGAUUAUCGAAUAUCCUUCGAACCGAAAACGAAAGGUCUCUCUCUCUCUCUCCUGAAGAUCUCUCGUCCAGAAAAAUCGAAAUCGAAAGAUUGCCGUGACGAUUCGCGGCAAUCAAGAACACGUAUAUGUACAUAUAUAUAUAUAUAUGUGUGUGUACGUAUAUAUGUAUUUGGAAAAUAAACGUCAACGGGUUUAUCGUGUGACUUCUGACGAUAAGAGAGAGACGAGCGUUGCUCCGUAUCAACGAGAACGUAAGAGAGUCGACGCUGCGUGUUUGCUCGGGCGCGGAAAAUCUGGCGAUCAGCUCGACGGGAGGCCGAUCCGUUGUUUUGCCGAGAAACUUGGCCGGCGAUCCUCUUUUCCCGUCGAUUAUUCAUCCGUUACUCGCCCGGUUAGAAUUCGGGUUAAAUUUUGGAAACGAUCGUGCCCAACGCGGAAUAAAUCCGAUUGAUUUAUCUUUGGAGGAGAGGCGCGUGCCGUGCCAACAACCACUUCUUCUCCUUCCGUAUCGUUGCCACGAUCUUGCCCAACCUUGCCAGCGUUGGCGAGUGUCGAAAGUGAUUGUAGUCGAUUGUAAUCGACGACCGCGGUAGGUAGAAGAAGAAUACGGUGAAAGAUCUUGCCGAUGGGUCGUCCUCCACCGGAGGAUGCUUUCGUUUCGCGCUAACGAUUCCGAUAAGCCGGAUUCUCUUAUCCGGAUUACAGGCGGAGAACGUCGAGGAUUCGGGCGUUGAAGAAGCGUGGCGCGCGUUAAAGAAACGCGCGUGGAUACGUGGAGGCGUGGAUAGGAAGGAAAUGGGGCUCGAUCGAACGGAAUAAAGUUAGUUGGGCGUUGUUGGUACGUUUCGCCGAGAGACGACGAAACGAAACGGCGAGAUAGCGUGAAAGAAAAAGGUGUCGUGGAAUCCUUUCUACCUCUCACAGCCUUUCACCGAUGGAGAACUUCCGUUUUUUUUAUAUACACACAUAUAUAUAUAAAUGUAUUCGUUCGCUACGUAUUAUUAUUCGGAAAUUCGGAUCGCCGACCAUCGAUGAGGAAAAAAAAAGAAAAAAAUGAUAUCGAUAUUUCUAAUGAAUUCGUUCUAGGAUGAUUCGAAGGUAAAGGAGAAAAAAGAAAAAUACCACGGCCUCCCCUCCCUCGCAUGGGUGCUAUUCGAUCGACAAAAGUAUUAAAAAACAAAGCUCCUACAGGAUGGAAUAAUAAAAGAUAGAACAAAGCCGGAGAAGAGAGAGGGGGAAGGGGAAAAAAAAGCUACGCGACGUUUCGGCCGUUCGUUCGUCAAUGCGUGCUACAACAACGGAGGGUUCGCGGGGGUUGCCUCGACGAGUGUUAACGCGCUCGCGUGUACUCCCCGUCUCGUUUCUGUCUAUUUUUCUGAAAACAAACAUUCGAUCUGACGAGCUAUAUAACACCGAUGGAAUACUAGAGAAGGACCACUCGUUCCUCGAGCACCCUUCGCGCCGCCAUCGCGGAAAGUUAUGUUUUUGUUGCGCUCGAUUCGCGUGUUUUUUUCGUCUCUUUUCCUUCCACGCGCGCGCACACGCCCGUCGGUCCCUUCAGCCCCGCUCGAUACGAAAAUGGGCCGCAGGUAUUCCCUCUGACACUCGAUAAAUAGCGAGGAAUGUUUGCUCUUGCAAAUGAAUGUUUUCCGCGAGCCACGAGUGAUUUUAACUCCUGAGUGCGCGUCCUGCCAAUACGUGUAUAUCCUCCGCCCUGCCCGCGUCGCCUCCGCUCUUUUCUCACAUCCCCUUCGAUCGCCCGCCGCUCCUAUUGACGAGGAACAACAGAAUUGCCCAGGCUAAUCCGUCGAAUUCAACGUCUACGCGUUCCUUCCCCGUCACCUGGAUCCCUCCGGAUCUCGAGCUCGUAUCGAGGAUCGUUCCAGUCGACGGACGGAUGCUCGGCAUCGCGAUCUCGCGAAAUAUUACGAAUGUUUACGAAUCUACGAUACCAUAUUUUCCUCGAGACUCUUGGCGAACAAUGGACGCAUUCUGGCGGCGUUUUAUCGGCUAAAAUUAGCCCCGGCGCGCACCAUCGUCCCACCGUUGAAAAGGGACUCGAUGAAUGAUUCCUUGUAAAUAAUCGUUUCGUCCCGGGUGUUGCGAGCCUCGUUUCCGUCUCGCGGCGGCCCCAUUGCCUCCACGGAUCCAUCUUUUUUCUUUCCUUUUUUUCUCCUUUCACCCCCGAAUUUUCAUCUCUCUCUGAUAAAUCAGCCUCGGACUAGGCGCCCCCCUUUCUCUCCGUGUAACCGCGAUGCGAGUGGCGAGACACGAUUUCGAAGCCAUCGUCGAGGACAAAACUCGAUGGGCGGUUACACGUGUAACCGAUCUGUCCGAUUCUUUCUUACAAAAGAUUCAUUCACGAAUCUUCGAGAGGAAGAAGAAGAAGAAGAAGAAGAGGAAGAAGAAAGGGGGGGAAAAAAAGGAUCUCGAUCUCGCGAGGAGAAGAGAAACGGUUAUCGGUUAAAAGCCUCCCCCGUCUCUUUUCUUCUUUUCUUCCCUGCAUCGCUUACCGAUGCACGACUCAUUCUCGACUCGCGCGAAUUUGAUACCAAUAAAACGACAUCCCCACGAUCCCCCAUCCGUCGCGGGGGAAAAAAAGAUCCGAAAGAGAGAGGGAGGGACGAAUUUAUAUCGUAACAUCGGACAAAACGAUCGAUCGGUGCACACUUGGCGCGUUCCUCGCCCAUUCCGCGAUACAUGCGUUAAACUUCUCCUUCCCUCCCCCACCCCUCCCUCUGCGAAGCGUCGGCAUGAAUGAAAACAGCUUCGAAAACGAGCAAACCGAUCGUCCCUCGCGAUUGUAAUAUUUCCAGCAGGUGCAAGUGUUACGAGGGACGAUUAACUCCGACCCUCGAUUCUCUAUGUACGUAUACAUAUAUAUAUAUAGAUAUAUAUGUAUACAUGUAUGCGAAAGAAGGCGCGCUAUCGGUUGGUAAACGGCCAUUUCUGUUUCUGCUCACGCGGCGAAAGUUCAAUAUGCCGAGUCGCGUGCAGCCGCGGGUAUUGUUAUCCGCGUACGAUUAAAUCAGCCGCGUUCCCUGAGAAUCUUAAGCGCGAGCCACGACGUGGCCGCGCAAGGACGCGACAAAAUAACCGAUCCUCCGACGCGGAGGAAUGGAAAUCAGCCUUGUCCCGUGGCGGUGAGCGCAUCCCGCCUGAUAACUCAUUUCUAUCGUGAACGCGCCGCAUUGUCGCGGGGAAAAGGCUAAUUGAAUGAGCAAACCAUCGUCGCGCCUUUUGCCUCGACGUUAGCACGCGUCGAUUCCAACUUCUUUUUCUUCUUCUUCUUCUUCUUCUUCCUCUUUUCUUCCCAUCAUCAUCCUCCACGAUGUUUUGUCAUUUCUCCUCCGCCUCUCUGUUUCUUCCGAGAUUAUUAAAACGUGAUUUAUCUUGGAGCGAUUCGACCGGCUGCGGGGUUAUAAAGUAUUUCUUCGCUCGCGAAUUUCUCUUUCUCUCUCUCUCUGUAGUUUUUCUUUUCUUUUCUUUUUUUUUAAGUGUUACGACGUUUUAUCACGAAUGUGAUUUGUCACUCUUCGCGUCUUCUUUCUUUUUCGUUCGUUCGUUUGUUCCCCUCCCUUUUCGUGAUUAUUGAACGAGCGAUUGAUCUUCCGAACGAUUCGUAGUUAACUGUAAAGUUUAUUCCACUCGCGAAGUUUUUCCAAGUUUCUCCAAGGUAGUUCCCUCUCUUUCUUAAAUCUUCUAUGUGCUUUAAAGGGGAUGAUUAUUUGAUGAAGUUCCAAGGUGAUUCGCGGGUAAUUCUCGACUAUCUUGCUUUCGUUUAUCGGACACGUCGCGUCUCUAUUCUGUUAUCGUGACGUGUGGGGCAACGAUAGGAAAGAGAACGCUUGUUUCUCUACCAUCCAGAUAUUUAUACAAAAAAGUUUAUACCGAAGUUGCAUUCCCUCUGAAAGAAAUCGUCCCCGAGGAGGAUUCUCACUAUUCGAUUCGAGGAAAAAGGAAAGCUGGAUGAUCGAUAAUUGGAUCGAUUAGGAAGGAUUGUCGAAUCGCGGGAGAAGAGCGCGACAAAGAAAUUAGAUUCGUGGAAAUUUAGUCGUCGUCUUGGAGGCGGUGGCCCGCGAUAAACUCGGUUAUAAUCUUCUCAUAAAGUUUUCAUGAGCCUCCUGUCCGUCUCUCCAACUCGAAAACAGCCUUCCCUCCUCCCCCCGAUAGCGACGAGAAAGCGGGCGAGAGGGAAAGGGGUGUGUAUCCUCGUUGCAACGACGAAUAAUAAUUUGCCAGCGAAUCCAGAACACGCGUCUAAUAUCCGCGCCGAUCGGGUUUUCUCCUCGCAGCAUCCGAUAUUUUCUUUUAUUGUACGCAUAUCGAGACAGCGCCUUCACUCCGCGUGCCCACGAAGUCGCUUUCACCCGGUCAAUUAAACGGGCACUUUCGAGACCAGAAACACGCUAGAUAUCGCCUCGUUUCUGCCGUUAACUCGAUCUUUGAAAAUUUUAUCGGGCAGGGGACAGGAGAGAAAGAAGAAGGAGACGGAGAAGAGGAAAAAAAAAAUAGGUGCAAAUGCUUACAUCGAGCGAAUUUUUAAUAAUUAUUCAACGAGUGUAACGUUAAUCGUGGAAAAAUAUCGAUACACGGUACUUGUUUUGUAAAUAAGAGAGAAAAAUCGCUUCGCUUCUAACGUCGUCAAUUUGUUUAUUAUUUAAUCGCGUUUGAACGAAACCAAAUUGAUUUUCCUCGUUCCCCGAACAAUAUCGCUUUUCCACUUUUGUUCGUUGUUCCUCCAAACUGGAGAUAUAACUGGUGCAAGCGUUAGAUAUUAUCGUCUCAAUCGCGCAAGUGAUAAAUUAAUUUUUAGAUUCGAUUUGAAAAACCUGAGUUGUUUUAUACUGGUCAUAUUUCGUAACGAUAAAGUUGAAAUGUUUUUAAACGACGUUAAAAUUGAAACGGGGAAAUGGUGAUUAAUGGUUGACGGUUAUCUCGCCUCUUCGUACGUGUCUCCACCAAUUUCAAAUUCGAAAGUGUUUCCACCGUGUUUAAUCCGAGUCGAGGAGGAAAGAAGGGAGAGAACAUCCAUUCCGAAUAACAGCGAUUCAAAGCUACGCCUUCGUAGCCAAGUUUUACCGUUUUCUUUCCCCUGGACUUGAACUUCUUCCCAUCCCUCCCCUCCCCUUCCCGGUUUAUUCUUCUUCCCGGCUCGAUUCCUUCGAUAUCCACGAAAAAGAUAUCGCGAUGAAGUCGAUAAAGUUUCGGGGAAAAAAAGCUGCGCGCGAAACAAGGUGUGUAAUUGAAUAAUCACGAGUAACGGAGUAAUGGAUCACGCGGCCCUCCCCGCGUUAAGAGACGAAAAUUAUUUAAACCGUGGAAUGUAAACGCGAAAUUUCAUAUUAAACCGAACGAAUCUCGCUCGAACAAUUUUUCCGAAUAAUGCGUCCGUCGAAAGUUGUAACUGGUUCAAGUGGCACGCACAAGAGGAAAGCGUUUAACCUUGCUGUUCAGUUUAAAUCUAUUUGACCCGAAAUAAUUUUCAUUUAUCCGUGGGAAAACUCGGGUGGAAAAUCCGUUUUAAUCGUUUCAUCUCUUCGUCCCUUUUGCCGGCAUCUUACCGGUUUUGACGUAGAAAAGGAGAAAAAAAAGAAAGAAAAGAAGUCGAACUCGCGUGGAAACGGAUCGAUGAUAUAUAUAUAUAUAUAUCAUAUUCGAGUGGAACGAAUCCAAACAGAUCUGAACUGGUGUUGUCCACCAAAGAAAGCAAAUUGUCUAUCGCAUUAAUAUCUGAUUCGUGGCCACGAUCUUACGCAUUUUCGUCGGAACAACUGUUCAAACAGGAGUUAUACAAUUCCGUCAGACACGUCCCGAUUAUGCAUUCGUCGAUACCUGUUCCUGUAUGUAAUAAAUUCUAAAGCAUCGCGUCACGCUACACGAUCCCACUUUUGCGCAAAUCGAUUGGACGAAACGACAUGACACGAGAGAAAAGAGUGCCUCGACUCUACCCAUCAGAGUCUAUCGUCUAACGGGGGCUUAAUCGUAAAGGAUACACUUUUCUCUUAUCCUUAUCUCUCGUGGAACGCGUCUCACCCGAGGAAACAAGGGACUUUCGAUUAAUCGGUGAGAGAAAGGGGACUUUUCGAGCCGCGGAAUGGAAUUCCAUCGUGUUUCGUGAAAUAGGAAAAAAAAAAAAAUAUUCGCUCGUCCCUGCGAAUUUUUCCCCCUGAAAAUUAAGACUGCUACGACUAACGAGAGGAACGUAUGGAAAGGAAGGGGUGGAAUAAAAGAAAAAAAGGGGAAAAAAAGAUGGGGGUGGAGGGGAAAAAAUAAAAAAAAACCGGAUGAAAAAGGGAAAGAAAAUAUUCGAAGCCGUUGCAAUGGGCGGCGCGCGUCGUAACGAAGUGCAGGCGGUGUUCGGGGCAUUCGAGAAUCGACGGGAUCGACCUGGCGACUUAAAUCUGCAAGCUGCUACGGGAGGAAAAAUCUUUAAAAAUGCUGUCUGACGAAAAAAGCGCGCAUGCGUAACCACGAGCCAUUUCCUUCUUUCUCUCUCUCUCUCUCUGUCCCUGCUCUUCUCUCGCUCUCUCUCUCUCUCUCUCUCUCUCCCCGCCAUUCUCCCUCUCUCUUAUUCUCUCUCCGUUCCACUCUCUCCGUUUUCCCCUCAACCACGUUCUCUCUCCCCUUUUCCAUCCCUUUACGUGUGUACACGUGCACGCGUAUUUGCCCCCAACGUGUGCGCACGUACGUGUGUACGUGGCGCGCGUGGCGUCCACCGUGUGGCGUUUUUCCUUCCUCCUCCCUCGUUUCUCUUUACGCGUUCCUCGCCGCCAAAACAAAUCGUAAAGACGGCUUCUGCUUUCGUCGUAAUCGGCCAGUCAUUUCCGAAAAAUCAAUGGCCACUCGUCGAGUACGGUGCUUUCCUUCCUCUCCCUCUGGACGUGGCCAAAGGAUAAUGUAACGUACUCUCUGGGUACGCCACGAAAUUUCUCCGUCGAGGCAUAAAAUCGAAUUCGAAGAACGCUCUCUCUCUCUCUCUCCACCCUCCCCCUCCCGAGACCCCUUUCACCCUCUGUGUUUUCUCCUUUCCUCUCUUCUUUUUCUUCUCCUCUUCUUUCCUCCUCCCCUCCUCCUCUCGCUCUCAGUUCCCUCGCUCACUCGGUUUCACUCCCUCCCGCCCCUCCUCUUCCUCCUCACGGAUUCGUCCCCGUCUUCCACCCCAUCUGGAAGCCCUUUGUAAAGCAACGGGACGCGGUCUCGUUCGUUUUUCUUACCUCCCUCCUUCUUAUUUUCCUUUUUCCCUCUCUUUUUUCGGGUUCAACGAUAUCGGGCGGCUGUGUCAAAUGGGACGCUUCUUACAUUGUGACGAGCCACUCGACCGAUUCCGGAGAUCAUCCCCCUUCGCGUCUCUGUUGGCGGGAAAUCGAAUUCGAAAAUUCCGCCCGCGUCGGUCUCGAAAUUCGCAACACCUUCCUCGACAAUCUGUUCUCCCGAACUUUCUUUCCCGCGUUUCCUCUUGGCCCAAUGAAAUUUUAUCACCGAGAACAACGGAUGAUGGAAGAACGUUUCGAGGAUAGUCGUUUCCAACUCCCGCUCUUCUUCUCCUCCUCUUCUUCUUCCCCUCCAUUUUUUCUCCUUUCCGUCGAUGUGCACGUGUGACUCGGAUUCCCAACUUUCUAAUCGUGGCACGGAGACGAGAAACAGCUCGAAAACCCGAACGAAGCUUUGUCCCCCGACAACUGCAAUUAUCGCCGGCCGAGCCUUUAGCAUUCAAUGAAGUUGGCAGGCUGACAACGUGACCGUAUCGUGGACGGGAAAGGGCGCGUUCAAUCGGCAGCGUAUACCUCUCGUCGUCGAAGAUCGAUUCGAGUAAUUAUAAUAUCGAGGAAUUAUUCAUAAGCCCGAUUGUUCGUAUCGCGUAUCAUAAAAGCCCGAUGAAAGUGAUAAGAUAACUCUCUCGUUUCUGUCGAGCCAACGAACCUGGCCUCCUCUGUCCUUGGCCACCUUGUCUACCAGUUUAACAGGAUUGCGUGGCUAUUGCCCGUACGCAAUUUUACCCAACAGGUGAUAAAAUCAUCGCGGAGGAGAAAUUGGCGAAAUCGUAAAAAUUGAAACGAUAAAUUUGUUGUUGACUCGAAGCUGUUCGCGCUGUUAAAAAUCUUGAGUAAACAUCUUCCUUUCUGUUCCAACGGAGUGAGAGUAACGAAUUUCGAUAAAAAAAAUAAAUAGGAGGGAAAGGAGGGGGGGAUGUUGCGUUGUCUCGAGGGAAACUGAAAUUGGCGAGGAAGGAGGAGAAGGUAAGAAUCGUUGGAUCGAUCACGAUCGUUUUGGAAUAAUAGCGAGCCACUCUCGAUUUGCGCUUAUCUUUAAUCGUGAUAUUAGAUUCAGGGGGAGGGGGAGAGAAAGGAGGGAAUAAUUUUUCAAUCGUGGAAAAAAAAACAAGGGGAAAAAAGUAUCUCUCGAAUUACCAUAAAGAAUCGUAUCCUUUGACGAAAGGGACGAAACAAUGGUGGGGCGAUGUCUCUUCUUUAGGGGAAAAAAAAAAAAAGGAUGCAGAUUAAGAAUUCAUAUCCCGUGGACACGGAGGAAAAUCUUUGAAACCCGUCUCCCGCGUAAUUAGCCAUUCCGUUUCUUUCGUCGGGAUUCCUUCGCGAUUCCGUGCCAUUCCUUUGACACGGAAGUGUCCCUCCUCCCUUCGAGGGACGCGUGAACGAAUAUCGAGGAAUCUGUGAAAAGGAGGAACAAUAACAUCUCGUAUCGUGUAGAAAAUUUUACUGCCUUCUCCUCAAUCUUUCUCCUUCUCCCGAGACAAGGUGUCGAUCGUGAAUCGUAAAUCAUCGUUGUAUCAUCGCCAGAAACAUGAUCGAUAUUCGCUAUUGGAACGCUUCCCUUUUUUAAACCUCGAUUUCGAAGACCUCGUUAAGAAAUAAACAAGUCGCGCGUUACAUCGUUGGUGCAAUUUCAACGUUGGACCGAUUUGACGAAAUCUAGUUUUACGCUAUUGACAAUAAUACAAUAUAAAUAUCGUACUGUAAAAUCUAAACGAUCAUUUGCCUCGACCUAGAGAUCUAGAGAUCUUCUGUACGGCACAGAGAGAUUAAAAGACUUGGAAGUUUCGAGGAAAUCAUAGGAUCAUAGGGAAAACACCGUAUGGCUUAUCGUUCGAAAUCGUGCGAUUCCUCCGCGUUAACGAGACCUUAAUCGAGAUUUCGAGGAAAAAGAGAAGGGGUUGUUUACGCGAGCGGGAAUAAAUUUCGUUGGGAAUUAAUGCUUUCGAAACUUGGUUGCGACUAAGUGCACUUUGGCUGGGCCGCGAGGAAAUCUUCCUGGAUGAACGAUUAGAGAGUGGAAGAUAGAUGGGAGGAAAAACCUUAUUGUCGCCGCUCGUUCACUCCGCGAUAAGUCGGAAGACAGGGUAUCGUGCGUGAACGCGGGAUACCCUCUCUCUUCGAUAGCUCGCGUUAUCGCCCCCUCUCCCCUUCCCUCCCUAUUUUCCAUAGGGAGUUUCGAGAACGAUCUUUGAACCUGAAGGGGGGGAAAAAAUCACAACGAUAGUGGUAUUGUAUCUUGUCUCUGAGAUUGACGAGAGAAAUUCGUCGAUGGAGAUAGAAUCUUUUUUCGACAUCAUCCAUUUUUUUUCUUUUUUUACAACAUUCCUUUCAAAUUCCAAUUAUUCCAUCCAUUCCAGCCGAUUUUACUAUUCCUCCGGGGUGGUGAAUUUCUAAAAAAUUUGAAAUGUAAAUAAGCGAUCCAGUUCUAGAUCUAUAGAAAUCUUUCCUUCCCGAUAUAUAUUUUUAAGACGCAAUUUUUUGUCGUAAAUUCGCUGUGUGCGCCGGACGACUCGUCUCGUUUCACUGUCCAAUUCAUCUUGUUAACCGCGCCGUUAUACCGACCGUCUAUUCGCCGAAAGAUUGCGGCUAACUGCGGCACGACCUUUGCGUUGCCGCGAAAAAUACCCGUCGAAAAUCGAUCGAUUUAUAUUCUUUCUCGUAUUUUUUUUUUCCCCCUUUUUUCCCCCGUCGAUUUGACUCGUCGCGACCCAUCCACCACCCUCCCCUCCCCUCCCCUUUUGUUUCGAUGUAGCUUCAUUAGCGGUGAUUCCGAAUUUAUAAGGCGGCAAUCGGAACGAAUCGUUGUUCGAUAAUUCAAUGAUCGUUAACAGACUGGAAAAACUGUGUCGAAUUUGUGUCGAAUCGUUGGUCCAACGUAUUAACGCCGGGAUUCGAUUAAAAGGCUGGUUAAAAAAAAGAGAGAGAGAGAGAGAGGAGAAGAGGGAGAGAGGGAGAGAAAAGGAAAAGAAAGAGGACGGUUGGGGAAAAAAAAGGACAGGCUCCGACUGUGCUGUCUGUUCGUUCGUGGAUGCGGGCGCAAUUUGCAAAAUCAAUGAAACGCGGCGAAAUAUUAAUGCGACUCGAAUGCUGCUGCGUUCCCCGAUCGAAAUCUCGUUAAAGAAUCAUCCGAUUUACGUUGAUCGUUCACAUAGAAGGGCCGGGUAAUACCCGAUUUCCCCCGUAAAAACGGACGAAAUAAUGGCGCGACGUAGACAAAUAAUCGCUUUAUUUCGUUGUCAUUCGUGGCUGGCCGAGCGCUGGCAGACUCUCUUUCUCUCUUUCUCUCUCUCUCUCUCUCUUCGUAGACAACCUAUUGACUCCCGAUGCGCAAACAGGCCGCGAUCAACACCAUCUGAAAAUUUAAUUGGACGAGAAAGAACCGUAGCACCGGGACGAUUUACAAGUUAACCCUGUCUCCGUUCUCCUCUAUCCUCCUUCUGCCCACCUCUCACUAUUCACGUAUUCGAAGGAAACAAAGAAGGAGGAGGAGGAGGAGAGGAGAUUGUAUUAAUAAUCCUUUGCCGAUAGAUUUCUAGUCAUUAAAAAUCUAUACGAGUUUUUACGAGUUUGUCUCGUCUCCAAUUUUCAAGAUACAUUUUCACUUCUUAUAAUCCAUCUUCCAUAGCAAUAAUAUAACUUGACUUUCACCUAACUCGACAAAUGUUACGAAGAAACGUUAUACUUAUUCUCUUCUCGAUCAUUCUUUCUUCUUUCUUGUUUCUUUUUCCUCUCUCUCUUUUUUUUUUUUUUCUAAUCCACUCCACUCCAUCGAUGGUCAAUCUCGCGAGCGCGAGCAGUAAAUCUCCGCUUAAUGGCUCGGAAACGCAAAAGGUUUAUUUGCAUACGUAAACAUCGAUCGAAAGACACGAAGGGAAUUCUUUACGGAUGGGGAUCUGUCAAAGGGGGCGCCCAAUAACUCGGCCUGAUGCCGCUUUUUAACCAGCUUUCCACCUCUCCACGAAUAAAGUUUGCGGUGUAACGCGUCGUGUUUUGUCUACGCUGCGGGGAGAGCUUUUUCUCCGGUAGUACAGGGAGAGCUCGAAACGACCGAUCGAAUCGCUUUACGUUCCGGGAACGAUCGCUUGGUUCCCUUCGCGCGGCGAGCCCCGCCGAAAAGAAAAGAAAGGAAAGGAAAGGAAAGGAAAGGAGGCGAAAAGGAAAAAGAAAGAAAGAAAGGAGGAGAAAAAGAAGUAAAAGAAGUGGAACGCAUUUCGCCAUGAAUAACGACGUAGCGGAACUUUCACUCGGCGUGAUAAUGCCGGCCCGACUGCCUUCGUGGAUCAAGCAUCGAUACAUCUCGCGAUCCGCCUUCUCGACCGUCAUUACCAUACGCGACUCGCGCGUCGUGCUCGUAAAACUGGCCGUGCUCGAUCUCGCUGGAUCAUUUGCUCGAUCGUUAACCUUUACAUCAAUAUUCAACUGUCAUAUUUUAUUCGAGAUGGAAGAAAUUAUGUAUACGUAUGUAUUUAUAUCUUUGGAAGAUUUUUGUAUUUAAUUUGGAUCCUUCGUUUGGAUAUCCCAAGGUUACUAUUCCAUCGAAAAGAUUAACGCAAUGACUCACGGGAAUAUUAUCUUAUAUUUCGGGCGUGCGUGUCCAGAGCGCAAUAGGUUAAUUUUCAUUUCAUUCGAAAGUAGAGAAUCUUCUCAUCAUUUAAAUCAAGGCUUUACGAUCUAAUAAACCUCGAUCGACUAGGUAACGAUUAUUCUUGUAUUCCCCUAAAAUCUUUUCGUUAAUCCUCUAUGCAGUGGUGUUUCUCACCCUUUAUCCCACCCAGGAAUCAACGAACAAAUCGCAGGAAGAGAUUUAUAAUGAGAUGGUUGCGCAAGCACGAGGAAAGCUUCUUUUUCUACGAUUUCCCUCGAAGCUGAGGGAGUAAAAUCGAGCCCCCUCCCCCGAUAUCUACGAGGAUCGGUAUGCCCCCGGAUCGGAAUGGCAGCUCCGCUCUGAUAUUUAUUUAUACGGGGAUCUAGAGCGAAGGCCUUCUAAUUUAUCGGCGGAACAACCGAAGCCAGGCUAUAUUUUUAUCGCGGACGUUUAAUUUCGUAGAAAUUCCUUGGCUGGUAAACCGGUUGCACGCCAAAACGUCAUUCAGAGGCCGCGGAAGAGAGAGGAGGAGGAGGCGGAGGAGGUGGAGGACCGGUCCCGGGGGUGCGCGGUGCUUCCUCCCUCCGCGGGCGUGCGCCUCUCUUUUUGAUUGUCCCCGGCAAAAAACCUUCGCGAUUCCGUACAACAGGUACUGUUCCCGUUUCCUGAACGUGGAACCGGGUUGCUCGAAUGGGAUCGAAAGUAGAUUCGGACCGCACCGUGGCAGACGAGCGGAAUGCGAAUAAACGAGCGAUGUAUGUGUAUAGCGAACUUAUUUCUUCUUUUCUUUUAUCACGGACGUAUCUUCGUAUCCGUUGAUCCGAUAUACGAGAGAGCGUUGCGAUCAGAUUCCUUUCUCGAGAAUUUCUCUCAAUCUUUACUACGUAUUUAUAUCGCGAGAUCGAGAUUAGAUUCUUUCAUUAUUGUUUCGGUAUAUAGACGAUCGUGAUUGUUGCACAAUUAUCUUCGUUCGAAUUGAAGGAAUAAUUUUGGCGGUUCGAACAUCCUCUCCCUCUCCUCCCUAUCUAACAUACCCUCGGUUGAAUUAUUCCGUCACGUGACGUCGAAGCAUUCCUUUAUGCGGCAACGGAAUGAAAGAAUGUUGUCCUUCACCCUCCCUUCGUAAGAAAGGGUUGGCGAGGCACGACAAUCGAUUACCCUCUCCCCGCCUUUCUCGAAGUGGCCACGAAAUGCCAUCACCUGCCUGCGCUCGUAACGCAAUCUCGUAAUCUCCUUGUAUACUACCCUUUCUAGCUUCGUCGACCUCCCUCUCCCCGUACGUCAUUCCGAUCGCAGCACACGGGACCUUUUAAUCGAACCAUCUCCUUCUCCCUCUAACUUUAAUUAAUCGAGAUACACCGUUUCUGUAUCUGAUCGAGAGCUGAUCUCCUCCAACGCUCUCGAGCAGGGCCUCCUGUCGUUUCGUCUCGUCAUUCGAGACGAGAUUGGAAGGGAAGAAGAAGAAGAAGAAGAAAAGGUAGAAAAAGAAAAGCAGGCGUCGUGACUACUUUCCGCCUUGAUCUUGGCCAAUUAUUUUUGCGCAGUCUGAUGUAUCGCGAGGAGGAAGGCGCUCUCUGCAAGAGAAAGCAUGGAUAGGUGGAAUACCGAGAGCCUCGGAUACCGGAUAUCGUAAACCGACCUUCACCGCGAAAUCUGUAUACAUCAACCUUCGACGAGGCGGCCACCGCGCGGCAAGCCAUCUCUCUCUCUCUCCCCCUUUCUCUCACGUUUGAAAUUGCACCUCCGUUCACCGCCAAUGUCGCCGUGCUCGGCGAACCCGGCUCUUAUCUUAAGGCCGGCACGCUUAUCUGAAAAUUCGGGAAAAAUGCAAAACGGGGGAACCUGUUUCCACCGUUAAACCGUUCCGCUCGAAGGAGGUAUCCCGCUCGUUGGAGAGUGUCUUAUGGUUAAUGAGAGGUGGCCGAGGGGAGAUCCGGGAUGGAGGUUCGAACGAGAGAGAGAGAGAGAGAGAGGGAGAAUUGAAAUUUUUGUUGCACAGUGUAUUUCCUCUCGCUCGAUGUUUUUCUUUUCUUUACGCGAUUUUUCUCCGCGGAGAAAAGGUAUUUUUUUCACCGCUGUUUCUCGAGCGCGUGCAGGCUUUUCACGGUUCACCGUCGUGGACAGCGUCGAGAUAUGGAACGGAUUAUGCAAACGUGGACUCGAGAUAAAGAAUUCAAAGUCAUGGCUAUCGAAGACGGGCGUUUCGAUAAAUACACCGCGAAUACACACUUCGUCCCCUUCUCUAAAAGACGGGGAUUAAGAGAUCGGAUUAAGAGAUAUUCGAUAUUUCGAGGAAUGGCCCCCGGAUCCCGAAUCGUGUAAUCUUUUUAUGAACUCGACCACGACGCAAUACACGACGAGAUACAACAUUUCCCUUUCUCUCUCUCUCUCUCUCUUUCUCUCUCCCGUAAACUUUCUCAUUUGCUCGUUCAAGGAACGCGUUUGAUCGCGUUUAAAAAAAAAAAAAGAAAAAGAAACACGUUACGUCACGAUACGCCGAAAGUGUUGUAAUUCGACAUGAAUCGUUCGUUCGUGGAUUUCGCGAACGAACGAACGAAAAAGGGAAACUUUUUUCUUUCUUUCUUUCUUUCUUUCUUUUUUUUUUCGACCGUUCUCGCGACCGAGUUCCAUCUUUUCCUUCGUCUUCUCGAUCCGAAUCGCGCGACACGUUUAUUGAUUACGAAACGCCGGUAUAAAUAUAUGUAUAUAUAUAUAUGUGCGUGUGUGUGUAUUUAUUUAUACGUGUAUAGAAAUAUACACGCGACAUACGUGCACACGUUCGCGUGUAUAUUCGUGCAAACUCAUUAACGUAAUUAAUGAUACGGGAGACCGUUUCAGUAACAGCCGGCGGAAUAAAUAAACGAUAAUGUUAUGUAGAUGCAGGCGAUCAAUCCUGACGUGGCGCGAUAAGGAAGUGAAAAAAAGAUGGAGAAGGAGCGAAGGGGAAAAAAUGAAUCGUAGGAUCGUUUGGAUCGUUUCUCGCCUCGCGAAUCUCUUCUCGAUCGUCCCGUUCGAACGUUCAGUGUCGGCUCGAGUCAAAAUGUUUCGCGACCAUUCUUUCUUCUUUCUUUUUUCCCCUUUUAUUUUAUUUCUUUCUUCUUUCUUUCUCUCUUUUCCUUUUCACCCCGAGCAAAAAGGACUCGGAGAGCGAACGCAGAAAAUAUGGCGAAACGGUGGGAUUUUGUUACGCGCUCACGAGAUAAAUCUGCGCGAGAAUAGAGGGCGGCGUUUUGGCGGGGACUUGAAUAUUUGAUAGGUUUCAGAGGAUUAAAUUGGCGUUUCGCUAACGUUUCGGAGGAACGAUCGUUUUUGUAGAAAGGUGACCGAGGAAGUGAGAGGUGUGGAAGAUUACGUUCUUGGUAUAAUGUAACAAUCUUCACCGACGAAUGGCCCGUUAAAUCUAGCAAAACCGCGAUUAUAGCGGUUACAGAGUAACGAUCGUCCGUUUUUGUUUCCCUGCCGAGAGCGAGUAACGAUUCAUUGCUUAAAUCUCUUUUCUUUCCUCGCGACGUUUAUUCGUUUUCGCCGGUAACGCCGUUGAUCAAAGAAAAUAUAUAUAUAUAUAUAUACACCCGACAAAUCUCUAUCCAAAGAAAAAAAGAUCGCGCAUCUUUGAUUUUCGUCCGAUCCGAUCAGGCAAUUUACAAUUACGUGAAAUCAGAUCGAUCCUCCCCGAACGGGAGGGAGAUUCCGCGAUCUCUGCUGGCGUACAUCAACCGCCAAGCAGCCGUAUCAGAAGACAUAUAUAACAAUCGAGCGUGAUGAACAGCGGCGAACUCGUUCCUUUCAUUUGCGCCUGGGGAAAAAAGCAACACAUACAUAUAUAUGUAUAUAUACCCGCGCGCACGCGUGUAUAGAUACGGAGAAACAGAGAAAGGAAGGUUGCUCGUACGAUUCGAAUUAAUUGCGGUCGCGGAAUCGUUUCGACGUUGAUAGUCGCCGAUUAGACGUUUGGAAAAUAAAAUACAAAUGUUUGACGAAACGUUAAAACGAAUCUCUCCUGUAUCCUCGCGGGAUUUCGGGUUUUUCGGCAAGAUUUCGGGGAGUAGGAAUAGCGCGGAGAAUUGAUUCCCGAUAAGCGUUUAUUCCUUCCAUUCGUUCGAUCGCCUCGAUAACUAACGUUUCGAGAAUGUAACUCUUUAAAAGGCGUUUCAAUCUCGAGUCCAUCCUUCCUUUCCUCCGCCCGCGCCGAAAAUCGCCGACAAAAAUCACCGGAAUCCUUCGUUUCGGCCGGGGCGUUGUUGCAACGACAAUUAACGCUCGCGGUCGGCCGCCGUAUCCUUUUCCCCUCUGCUUUCCGAACUUCAAUAACUUCACUUGUCACCACCGCUCAAAUCCGUAUCGUCCGUCAACGAGCAACAAAAGCUAACCCGUGUGUCGUACCGUGUGCUGUACCGUCUUUCUCUUUUCGAUCGUGGGUUGAUUCAGGGGCGAGAGAGAAGGAGAAAUAAAAGAAGAGAAAGAGAGGAGUGAAAUAAAAAAUGGAAAAUGGAGGAGGAAAGAAAGAAAGAGAGCGUACACGCAAGAAAGCGUGGCUCGAUAUUAAUAAACGGACCCGAGAAGCGAAGAUAAUCCGUCGAUGCGUCAUCCUCGACGUAAAAACAAAAGACGGGCUGAAAGAGGCGUGCGAGUAGUAUAUCCGCGUAUGGUAGAAACGGGCUGCGUUAGCACGGCCGCCCCGUUGGAUAAACGAAAGAAUGGAAUAAAGAGCGAGAUACUGGCGCGCCCUACGUAUUAUACAAGGACAACAUGGAGAGACCCCAGGGGCAAUGGGGCCCCGGGCCGGGAUCUCUCCAGGACGGGGGGCUGUACCCGCAGCAACAGCAACAACAGCAACAGCAGGGCUCCUCCUCGUCCGGCAGCCCACAGCAGGCCUGUGGUCCCCCUGUCGAGGGAGAAAGCGGUCCCCCGCCUUCGUUGGCCUCUCCCGUGCCCUCACCGUACCCCUCGGCACCGCCUGAGCCUCAAGCCUUAACCCCACCCGACGACGAUAUACAAUCGAAUCAAGCCACCUCUCAACAGCAGCAGCAACAGCAGCAACAGCAACAACAGCAGCAGCAGCAGACGCAGCAACAAGUGCAGCAGCAGCAGCAGCAGCAACAACAGCAGCAGCAGCAGCAGCAGCAAGUUCAACAGCAGCAGCAGCAGCAACAGCAGCAACAACAGCAACAGACGCAACAGCAGGACCACUCGCCCCAACAACAGUUGACCCCUCACGAGGUGGAUCGCACGGAUUGUUUCCCCGGGGCGGGAGAGCUGCAGCAGUAUCCGCAGCACUACUUCAAGGAUGCCAGGCCGCAUCCGUCGCCCUCGGUGCCGCCGCACAUGCUGACCCCGGGUGGUUUCUCCGCGUUGCACUAUCUGAAGCAGCCGGGCGUGAUGCUCACGUCCCUCGGGCAGGGGGACGGUGGACCCAGCCUGGACGCGCACCAAUACGCGAGCCCUGGGGCACCGAACAUGGCGACCGGGUUGCCGGACAUAGUCCAGCAGAGCGGCAAGUCUGGGAAAGGGGCGAACAGCGACCUACGUUUGUUCAAGUGUUUGACGUGCGGGAAAGAUUUUAAGCAGAAGUCGACGUUGUUGCAACACGAGCGGAUCCAUACGGACAGUCGGCCAUACGGGUGUCCAGAGUGCGGGAAGCGGUUCAGGCAACAAUCGCAUCUAACGCAGCACCUGCGCAUACACGCGAACGAGAAGCCGUAUGCUUGCGUGUACUGCGAGCGUACGUUCCGGCAGCGUGCCAUCCUCAACCAGCAUCUGCGCAUCCACUCGGGUGAGAAGCCAUACCAAUGUCCGGAGUGCGGAAAACACUUCCGUCAGAAGGCGAUCCUGAAUCAGCACGUCCGCACACACCAAGACGUGAGUCCGCAUCUAAUCUUCAAGAAUGGGAUGACGCCGACACUCUGGCCCCAGGACGUUCCGUUUCCGCAGGAGGAGGGGAAGGAGGAGGUGGGAUCGACGUUCGGCGACACGGACACGCAGUCGGGCGCGUUCAGCCCGGCGCCGGACGCGAACUCGAUCCAGUAUCCCGCCUACUUCAAGGACCCGAAGGGCGGGAAUCACGCGGUUUUCGGCGCGGGUGGCACGGGCAGCUUCGGCGCUCUCCAAUACAUCAAGCAGCAAGGCGGUAGCAAGAGCUGUCUGCCGGACGUGAUACAGCACGGCCGCUCCGCGGGUAUGCCGUUGUACGUUCGGUGUCCGAUCUGUCAGAAGGAGUUCAAGCAAAAGUCCACGUUGCUGCAGCACGGGUGCAUACACAUCGAGUCGAGACCGUACCCUUGCCCCGAGUGCGGCAAGAGGUUCAGGCAACAGUCCCACUUGACCCAACACCUUCGCAUCCACACGAACGAAAAGCCGUACGGGUGCGUGUACUGCGGCCGUAAUUUCCGCCAGCGCACGAUCUUGAACCAACAUUUGCGCAUCCACACGGGCGAGAAGCCGUACAAGUGUCAACAGUGCGGCAAGGAUUUCCGCCAGAAGGCGAUACUGGACCAGCACACGCGCACCCACCAGGGUGACCGGCCCUUCUGCUGCCCGAUGCCCAACUGCAGGCGGCGUUUCGCCACCGAGCCCGAGGUCAAGAAGCACAUCGACAACCACAUGAAUCCGCACGCGGCCAAGGUGCGCAGGAACUCGAGCAGCGACUCGAAACCGCCCGGCACGCCGGCCGGCCUGGGCCCCGUCCCCGUCCCCAGAGGGCUGACGCCGACCGUGGUCAAGCCGGAGCUCUACUUCCCCCAAUGUUACGCGCCCGCGUUUAAUCACCAACCCCCGGUGUCGACGGCGCAGUUCCCGGCACAGGCGAACGGGGUGUCCGUUGCCGGCGAAUUCAAACCACCGACCGGCCUGCCGCCGCAGUGACUAACCGUCCAUCCUGCCGCCUACUAGCAAGCAGGAAUACCGCUGAGAUUUCAGCGAUGCUUCGGUCACGCGUUACAGAGCGACGCCGCCGCCGCCGCCGCCGCCGCAGCAGCAGCAGCAGUGACCGCCGCAACGACGUCGUCCAGUGUCGCGACGCACCGAUGCACCCAGCCGAUCCAGCAACACUACCCGUGACAUUUAUCGUGCAUUUACUAGCCUCUUUCUUUUCGUUUCAAGGUUCGCUUCGUUUCCUCGUUCCAUUGGUUCGCACAGCCUCGGAACGCGUCGCCAGCUAGUCAUCAGCUCGACGAUGAUCGACACACCGACUUAUACGUGUAUAUAUAUAUAUAUACACGUUUUCGAGCCGCCGUGUCUCUUUCUAUAUAGUUCGAUUCGUGGUUGGAUUGGUGUUGUGUGCGCGUGUAUAUGCGAGUGUACGAGUGUGACACGUUGACGCACGUCGAUCGCGUUUACUCUUAUUACCGAUAGAUUGUGCGACCUCGUCCGACCAGUGUGGUCCGUUUCCACUCGUGCGGUCCGACCCUCUCUCCGUCCACGCGACCCAACGCAUUCGCACGAGCUCGCCCAGAGAGAGAGAAACUCACAACACCUCCUCCGCAACAGCGCGACUGCUCUUCUCUUCGAUUUUCAUCGCCGAUCAUCACCUCGCUCGACGAGUGCGCCACGUUCGUUCCCCGAAUCUGUCGUUGAUUCUACGCUGCAGAGAGAUUCUGUUUCACGGAGAGGAUGAGAGAAAGAGGGAGAGGAUGAGCGUGAGAACGAGAGAUCGAGAGAGAGGGCGAGAGUGAGAGAUUGAGAGAAAGAGGGAAGCAACGGAAAAUGGAAAUACAAGGGAGCGUGGUAACUGACACGCGCCAAGUCACGAACCGAGCGAGCUACGCGAUUGCAAAUGGGUUUCGGGAGGGAAAGAGGUCGGAGCUUGCGGAAAGACGAGGGAGUCGUUGUGUCGUUCACCGUCGAGCUGAUCGCUGGCGCCAGAAAAAUGGUGACUCAACCAACGAAGAAUCUCGUCUAUUCCCCCAUACGUAUUUUUUAUAUAUAUUAAUGAAUUAACGACGUACCUUCUCGCGUUUUUUUCGUGGAUGAAGCGAAUAGCUCGAGAGAGUUCGGUGGUUCCGCGCGCGCAAGGCAGGCAGGCCGUCCGAGGUGUCGUUCGUCACACACCGCUCACACACACACGCAUACACACGUACAUACAUACAUACGUACACGCAGAAACACGUGUACACGAGUAUAUACACACGAGUAUACAUAAGAGUGCGCACAUACGGAUCAGUCACACGAUACACAGAUACGAAGAAGACACAUGCACACGUACGUACGUCGUAGUGACAAACUCGUAUAUAUAUUCGGGAUAUGUGUUUCGUCAAAAGGAAAACGCUCGUGCGCACGGGUGUUUGAAGAUGUUCGAUUCGACGACCAGAUUAGAAGCAAAACGUAACAAAACAAAACAAAACAAAACAAAACAAAACAAAAAAAAAAUUGAUAACGAUUGUGAUACGAUAUCUAACUUGCCUAUGUUUAAAUGAAACAAAAGAUGGAGAAAGGAGAAGGAACAAAAAGAAAGAGAAAGAAAAAGGGGGAAAAGAAGAAAGAGAAAAAGAGAAAGAGAUAUACGUGAUGGGAGGAAGAUACGUUGCCUCGAGAGGGAGGUGAAUACACGACCACGAGAAGAAUGCCUGUAAAUAUGUAAAGCCGUUCACUCCGACGAACAAACAAAACCGAGUGGAGGAGAAAAAAGAAAAAAAAAUGUUGAAAUGGCGCGAAAAAGAGCGAGCAAGAGAGUGCGUGUUUGGUCGCAUGGAUACUGCGUGGAUGCUGCGUGGAUUCCCGUGUGUGAAUGAGAAAAUGGAAGCAGAGAGAGCGAGAGCGAGAACGAGAGAGAGAGUUGCGAGUGCGCGCGUGCAGAAUCGAGGGUGAAACGAAGAGAGACGAAGGGUAUAGGAGUGGGUAAAAUCGCUGAAGGAUACGAGAGAUCGGAGGGGGGAAAAAAUGAAAUGAAGAAGAAAGAAGAUGCGGGAGACGAAGAUAUGAGAGAGAGAGAGAGAGAGGGAAAGAAACCAGAAGAUAGAAGUAUGGAUGUAAAAGAAGGGUGAGAGAAAAAUGUGUGUGUGUGUGUGUGUAUGUGUGUGCGAGGGCGAGCGUAAGAGGGAAAGAGAAGAAGAGAGAUUAGGUAGGAUUUACGAGGACGGCGUAUCCCCCCAGAGUGCUGAGCCAUAGCUUUUCGGGGUACGGCAAGUUGACGAUGACGAUAGUUGCGCGAGGGGAGAGGUACGACUCUUGUAUACUAUAGUAAUAUUUGAAUGUAUAUUUAUACGACAGGUUAUAUUAUUCUAUUAACUAUAAUGAUGAUAUUUUGAAUCGGUUUUAAAAUCAGAUUGGUGCUGAACGUAACACUAGGUAAGCGACACAAAGCAAAACAAGAAAAAAAAAAACGAAAGAGGAGGGAACGUGGAAGAAGGCUGAGACACCGUAGAGUAGCGUAAGUAGGGUAGUCGAUAGAGUAGAGCUCGAAAGGGGAGUAAGCCGUGGGUAAAAAAAAAAAGAGGAAAAAAAAGACUUUCGAAGGACCCUCGUGAAGUCCGCUCAUCCGGAACUUAAUAAUAAUAAUAAUAUUAAUAAUAAUACUAAUAAUAAUAAUAGUAAUAAUAAUAAUUAUAAUUAUAAUAAUUACGCAAUUAUCAUCACAUCAACCGGUGAACAGAAGCAAACGAAAACGGAAGAAGGAGAAGAAGAAGAAGAAGAAGAAGAAGAAAAAAAAGAUUGAAGCAAAACAGGAAUAAAUGUUUCGUGGCAAUACUUAAAAAUGCGAUACGAAAAUGGGGAAAGAAAUACAUAACACGAACACAAAAGAACACACACAAAAUAUUGAAAAAAAUUUCAACGUACUAGAGAAUAGUCUUUUAAAUUUCUAUAUUAAGACGUGUGAUCUCUCUAAUUAUUGUACAUUAUAUAUAUAUUAUAUAUAUUAUAUAUAUAUAUAUAUUAUAAUGAUCUAUACCUAUAGAUGACGAGAUGCAUAAGUAUAUGAUUACGAUUAUACGUAUAUUAGGCGUUCUACAGUUAGUCUUUUAUCAUUUAGACACAGAGAUGAUCUGAAGAUGAAUAAUUGUGCGGCCAUAUUCUCUGUGGCCUGUUUGUAGUGCCUCGGAAUUGCUGCUCGCGGCAGUGAUUUGACCGUAUUUUAGGAUGGUAUAUUAAUAAUUAUAUUGAAAAACUGCAAUUAUCGAUACUCUGAUACAGUACUAAAGGCGGGAAAGGAAAAGAAAGAAAAAGUGGGACUGAGAGGAAAGAGGAGGAAGAAAAAGAGAGGAGGAGAAGAAGAGUGAGGAGAAGAAGAAAAAGUGGAAAAACAAGCAAGUUUAAAAGGGAAAGAUACGAAAGAUGUGAGAAUGAAUGAAUGAAGUGAUCGUGUCGUCAGGCGUCACGUUAAUCGACUCAUUAAAUUAUUAGAGAUCUACUUAUAUCGCGUUUAUAAAAAUAGGUUAGGGAAAAAAGAAAAAAAGCAAAAAGAAAAAAACGUGCAGAAGCGCCAGAAACCGCGGGAUAGAAACGACGACGAUGUGAUCGUUCGCUGAUAAUCAUUUUUAACGUUGUGUUUUCUUUUUUUUUUUUUUUUUUAUAGUAAUAUUAUUAUUAUCCUCGUUGUUCAUUUUUUUCAUAUUUUCUUAUUCGUUGCAAGCGCGUAAAAAAGAAAAAAAAAGAAAAAAGAAAAAAAAAAAAAGAAGAAAAAAAUCAAAACGAAGGAGCAGGUUCUUCAAAAAAAGAAGAGGAAUUCUCCGUGAUUCACGAGUAUUAUAAUUGUUACGAUAUAUAUUUCGCGGGGCGAUCUUUCGUGUUACAUCCCGAUCUUUUUUAGAUCCGCUCGUCUCUCUCUCCUUGUACGAUUUUAGCGGCACUACUCGUUUAUACGUUUCGCGAUCCGGAUCACUGAUUUCCCGGGUGGUUAAAUUCGAUAUAAAAUCGUGUCGAUCGCCGACAUUCUUAUGCCUUCUCGAAAAUCUUAUUAAACUUUAUACAGAUCGUUUCAAAGUUUCUGGGAUAUCUUACGGUCGUAACUGAUCGGCCAUCAUUUAAACGGAAACAAGUAAUAAUCGUGAAAACUAUCGAACCACUGCAAAACCUGUUUCUCUUUUUCCUAUUUUUAUUUUGUGCUUUUUUUUUUGGUUGGCCAUUUAUAUAUGUAUAUAUAUAUAUAUAUAUAUAUAUAUUUUUUUUUUUCGGUUAAAUUUUCACUCGUCGAAAAAUACGUGCCGCGCGUGAAAACAAUAAUUCAAUCUUUCCGUUCCGCGACAGAACGACAGGGCGAUUUCACGUGGACGCGCGAAAUAUUAUUCGCCAGUGAAAUAAUAAUUGGUUUAUUAGAUGUUUACCGAUCGACGAAUAAAAUGUGGCCACGCUCCAUCGAAAGAAAAAUCGUUCAUUGAAUUACGAUCAUUAAACGAUCGUGUCGGCCAUCUUAAUUAACGUUAUUCCAAUAUUUCUUUUCAGGUUUUCGUUUCGUGUAACCCGAAAUUUGAUCUUUUUUAUUAUUAUAUCGUUCCUUACACGAAUCAGAACCUUGCACGCGACGCGAUUCGAUCAUCGUUGGAUUAUUAAGUUUCUCAUAAAAACUCGAUCGAAUUCUUUAGACUUGAUCCUCGGUUUUUUAAACCGUUUUCUUUUUUUUUUCUUUUUUUUUUUAAUUCACUUUUCGCGUAUCAUUUUUUUUUCCACGUCUAAAAAGAGUAAAAUGAUAAAAAAAGUUAUUCAUGCGAAAUGGAUUAAGAUUCUUUCGGGCGUGGCUCAUCCUUUCUUUUUUUAUAUAUAUAUAUAUACAUAGCAGGGGGAAAAAUAUCGUCAGCCCGGAAAAGAUUAUGUUCAAAUAAAAAAAGAAAAAGAAAUACUCAUUUUAAUAGUUUUAUCGAAGUAGACUCGAAGAGCAAAGAAUGGGAAGAGACGAGAAGAGAAAAAAGAGAAAGAUGAUUAAUUGUUGCAAAAAAAAAAAAAAUUGUAGAUACGAACGAACUUUUUUUGUAUUUUUUUUUUUUUUUAAUCAUUUGUUCUAGAACAUCGUACUCGAUGUAACGAUAUAUCUCGCAUCUUAUUAUUAUCGCUGUUAAUUAUUAAUUAUUAUUAAGUUUCUAUCGCGAGAGAAUUUUUCGCAUACGGUGCAGUGGUUGGUACAUCGUUCUUGUUUCUUUCUUUUUAAGUAGAAUAUUUCCUUUUCUUUUUUGCUGUCACCCUUCCACAUUUUUUAUCGUACGUUUCUCGUUUUUUGUGGCACUCGUCGACGGAACGUUCUUUCGUCCUGAAUAUCCGACAUUGUUGAGACGUUAUUUUCUUGCGUUUUUUUCUUUCGUAAUUUCUUUUCUUUUUCUUUUUCUUUUCUUUCUUUUUUUCUCUUCUACGGAUUAUUCCUUACUCGGAAUAAUCAACUACUAGUGCUUAUGCUUAUUAUACCUUAAUCUCGCAGUCACAAAAUCGGCCGUGUGAUAUAUAUAUAUACAUAUAUAUAUUUAUAUAUGUAUAUAUAUAUUUAUAAGAUAGAAGAGAUAACGCGAUGUCGGAUUGAUUUUUAAAUGUUUAAUCCUUUCUAUAUAUGUAUAUAUAUAUAUAUAUCUAUACAUAUAUAUAUAUAUGUAUACACAUAUAAAAUAUUUUAUACUUUUUCGCGAAGGUAACUUUUUUUGCAAGGAAAAGGAAAAAAAGAAACGCGAUAGCCAGCUGAUCUGGCCCGAGACGACAGGGACGCGUUAUAUUUUUACUUUUAAGUUCCGUGUAUACGUGCCGGUCGCAGAACUCGUUGCGAACUGCUGCGAAACUGGUUCGGGUGGUUGGACGACGUCAGAACCUUGUGUGGUGCCAUUUCGAUCGACGAAACACUCCGACGAGCGUCGUCGGAGCGCGGAUGAAGCGAGGAAACGAGAGAGGAAAAGGGGAGGGGGGGAAGAAAAAACGAAGGAGAAGAAGAAGAAGAAGUAGAUGAAGGGAGGGAAGAAGGAGAAGGGAAAAAAACGUGGAAGCAAAAAAGAAAAGAAAAAGAGGGGGGGUGGCGAUAGGUACUGUGAUAUCGAUUCAGUAUAGCGAGAUAAAGAGACUAAAAAAAAAAAAAAGAAAGAAAGAAAGAAAGAAAGAAAGAAAAGAAAAGAAGAAGAAGAAAGAAGAAGAGAGGAAAAAUGAAAGAAAAAGGAGAAGAAAGAGCGCGGAGAACAAUCACGAAAGCGUGUGUAUGCACACGAUCGGAUGAUCCAUGAGAUGGUAUCGUCGUGACGAUAAGCGUCGACGUAUACGAUGUUACGAUAAUGUUUAUUUAUAAGCGAUUCUUCUAUUCUAAUAUGUGUACAGUAUGCACGACGAGUGAUCGGGCUCGUGGAUUAUCCGGUCCCUCUACGCGCAGAACGUACGAGAGUCGGCUCUUUUUCUUUUUUUUCUUUUUCUUUUUUUUUUUUUUUUUUUGUAACUUUCAAUCGAAUCGAAACAAACCAGAAUAAACGUUCGCGAAACCGUACUUGCCUGGCUCUAUCGUCGGUUAAUAUCACGGAAUAGGGAACGUUAGAAUAGGUAGAAAGGAGGGAAAGAAAACGACGCGCGUCGUCCCGACGUCGAUCGAAUAACUAUUUCGCGAUAGCCGACGUCGUCCGGCCGCUCUUUUGCACCGACAAAUUUUGUUAAAUAACUUUUGUUACUGCUACCUACCGCUACGAUGCAUUUAUUAUUUGUCAUUUUAUUAUUAUUUUUUUUUUUUGUCUUUAUAUUUAUCACUUGUUGCACGUUUCAUCGAGAGAAAGGGAGAGAGAAAGAGAAAGAGAAGAGAGAAAGAGAAUGCGAGAGAAAGAGAGAGAGAGAGAGAGAGAGAGAAUGUGUGCGUGUGAAAGAGAGAGAAAGAGAGAAAGAGAGCGAGAGAAAGUAAAUUUUAUACGGAUGCGAAAAAUGAGAAAGAAUGAGAAUGAAGACAAACGCGAAAAAGAAGGAAGAAUCGUAAUUGCGAAUACGGGUCGCAACGUUUUUUUACGCGACAGGGAACGCAAAACGUUUCACGUUUGUAUACAUGAAUAGGAAGAACAAGGCGAUCUAUGUUUCUUUAAUUUUGUUUUAUCUCUUCUUUUUUUUUUUUAUUAUUAUUAUUAUUAUUGCUAUUGUAAUUUUGUAAUAUUUUUUUUUUCUUACCGUUUUUUUUUUUUUUUUUUCAGUUCUCGUCUCUUUGAAAUCUAUUCGGUUGUGUGCUUUCAAAACGCAGAAGACUAAAAGAGAGCCGCGUCGGGCCGCGUUGUCCCCUGUCGUCCACUGAAUGCUCAACAUAGAUUAGGUUAUAAGCUUUAUAUAUUAUUACCUAUAUAACGAUUAAUGUAAAUUAUUGUUUUCUCUCUCCCUUUUUAUAAGACUCAGGGCUACCGGCUCCGCAGACGGGGCCAAGCCUCGCGACAGGAUGACGCGACCCGGAACACCUCUCUUUUCUCUUUUAAUUUCCUCUCUAGUUUUUGUACUACUAUGUAAUAACUCUGUUCGCGUUCUGUUUUGUUUUCCUUUUUUUUUUUUUAUAUAUAUAUAUAUAUAAUAUGCGUAUCUAGAGAGAGAACGAGACACACCCUUACACGAAACCUCUGUUUUUUUUAUAUACAUACUAUUAAUUUAUAACCGGUGUACACCAACGAAUUUUUUUUUUUUUUUUUUUCUCUCGUUGCACAAACACACCAUCACCACAACUACCGCUACUACCGUACACCUCCCUCCCCCCCCCUCCCCUCCCUCCUUCCCCCCUUCGACAUACGAGAUCUCGCUUUCAAAAUUUAGCUUUAAAACUUUCGAUGCGGACGCUGAUGCAGGUGCAAUACAUUACGGAUGUGCAUAUGUACACUUAGGAUCGUGCCGCGGUGCGUUGAAAACUAUACGAGUUUCGCUUGAAAAAUAGCCAUCCCUAUUGAAAAAAAAAAAAAAAAAAACACAUACACAUGCACACAGAGAGGAACACGUAUACACAUAUACACGUGUAUGAAAACAAAAGAGCAAAAAACGAAUGGAAAAAAAAAAAAAAAAAACAAGAGAGAAGAAAAAGUCGGGGAAAAAAAUUGGUCGCGAAAUCGCGGGCGGAAGACGCAUUGUGCGUUACCCGUUCUUCCGCGUCGAUGUCCUUUGUUCUCAAUGUUUCCGUGUAAUUGAAAGCUGGUUCGCGGUAACGUUACUUGUUCGCGCGUGAUUCUCCACGUUCGUUUCGUAAGCUCGCUUGAGCACGCGUGCUCCGUUUCGUGCUCGUGUCCCGAAACGUGUAAAAAAAAAAAAGUGAAAGACGGGCGGGACAAGCGCGAGACGAGACGAGACGAGACGAAAGACAAAAUUCGUUUCUCUUUGUUUCUUUCGUUCAAUCCUGUUUAUACAUAUAUAUGUAUAUAUGUGUGUGUGUACAUAUAUAUAAAAUAUAUGUACACACACACAUAUAUAUAUAUACAUAGAAAUUCGUUUUUUCAAUAUAAAAUUGCGUUUUUUUCCAUUCUCCAUUUCAUCGUUCGCGUGAACUCUUAGUGUAGACGGUGAUCAGAUCCCGCGUGUACUUAGUGUUUCAACGCACGCGUAGCUCGCGUCUUAUUUAUAUAUAAAUAUAUAUAUAGAUUUUUAUAUGUAUACACGAACUCUCGCACGAUCGUAAAUGUAAAGAGUUUUAAAAAAACGUUUAAAAAAAAAAGGGAAAAAAAAAGAGGAAAAAAAAAAAAUAUGGAGGAUGAAUCAAAUCACCGAAGUGAGCGCUUGGCGCCGGUGAUGCAUAUAUAUAUAUAUAUAUUAUAUAUAUAUUAUAUCGUUUUAUUUACGAUUUUAUAAUAUUUACACGAGAGCAGCGAACCACUGAGCCAAGACUGACCUCUUUGUGUUUCUCCUUAAUUCGUGCGUAAAACGUUUCAUUUUAUUCAAAUGUGUCUUUUUUUUCUUUUUUUUUUUUUUUUUUUUGGUCAAAACAAUAAUUAUUUUCGCUCGAAAUUCUUGUGUUGUUGCAUUUCUACCGUGUUUUGUAUUUUUCUCUAUUCGAUCUCUCUUUCUCUCUCUCUCUGUUCGGUCACGGACGGGAAGAUUCGACGCUCGAUCAAACCGCCCACUUGUUUUGUAUGAACGCAUUGUAACGAGAGAGCGACGCGCAGAGAGAAAGAUGGAAAGGGAGGAAGAGAGAGAAGGAGAGAGAGAAAAAAAACGAAACGACUUUCCUUAAAAAAAAAGAAAAAAAAGCCGAAGAAAAGAAAAAAAAAGACGAAAAAGAAGGGAAAAAUCAUACGAAAAAACAUAAAAAAAAAAAAAAAACCUCCUCGCAAGAUCACAAUAAAUUUUUGAAUAAAAUCUAUUUUUUCUUAUGUA